AUGGCGAAGCUACAGCUCCAUGUCUGUGUCGUCGGUGCAGGCCUCGGUGGGCUCGCGGCGGCCAUCGGCAUCACCAGAGCUGGCCACAGGGUCACGCUUCUCGAGCAAGCAGCUCAACUAGGCGAGGUCGGCGCGGGGAUCCAGAUACCUCCCAACACGACCAGGAUCCUGGCCAGCUGGGGCCUUCUACCGGCCAUCGAAGACGUCUCCGUGCGUCCCAACAACGUGGUGAUGCGGUCCUACCGAGACGGCAAGGUCCUGUCCACUCAACCUCUGAUUCCGCUGUGCGAAGACGUCUACGGAUAUCCCUACCUCCACAUCCACCGUGCCGAUUACCACAAAGUCCUGGUCGACGAGGCUCGGAGACUGGGUGUGGACAUCCAGCUGGACAGCUGCGUGACCGGCGUGGAUUUCGAGGAACCGGCGGUCCACAUCAAAAACCGGCCUCAACCGCUCACAUGCGACGUCGUCAUCGGCGCGGACGGUCUCAAAAGCGUAUGCCGCGAGUCCCUCCUCGGACGGCCAGACCCGCCGUACCUGACGGGCGACCUCGCGUACCGAAUCACGGUCCCGGCAGAAGCCAUGAAGGCCCAUCCGCUCCUGGCGGACCUCGUCGCCGUCCCCAACAUCAACAUGUGGCUGGGGCCCGACAGCCACGUGGUCUGCUAUCUCUUGAAAGGCGGCAACCUGUACAACAUCGUCAUCGCGUCUCCGGACAACCUGCCCGAGUUCGUCAGCCAGCAAAAGGCCGACCUGGAGGAGAUGCACGCGCUGUUCCGGGACUGGGACCCCCAGCUCCGGGCCCUCCUCGACCUGUGCAAGGGCACGGCCAAGUGGCGGCUGCAGAACUCGCGCGAGAUGCGGACGUGGUCGCACCCAUCGGGCCGCUUCACGCUGCUCGGCGACGCGUGCCACGCGACGCUCCCCUACCUCGCCCAGGGCGCCGCGCAGGCCGUCGAGGACGCCGCGGUGCUGUCGCGCCUGUUCGAGAAGAUCGAGCACAAGCACCAGCUGGCCGACCUGCUGACCAUGUACGAGGCCGUGCGGAAGCCGCGCGCGAGCUACGUGGUCAAGAGGAGCUCCGAGACCGGCCAGACCAUCUACCACCUGCACGACGGGCCGAGGCAGAAGGAGCGGGACCGGCAGAUGCUCGCCGGCCAGAGGGAGCCGUACCAGGGGUACCAGAACCCGUGGCGCGAUCCCGUGUUCCAGAGGUUCCUGUUCAGCUACAACGCCUUCGACGAGGCCGAGAACGCCUGGUUGAAGUACUGCAAGGGUCAGUUCCCCGGCACGGCCGGCGACUUUGGCAGAGAAGAAGAGGGCGAGGGCGUGAGGAAGGCAGGCAGAAAAGAAGUCGGCGAGCUGAGGAGGGCAGAGGAUAGAGAGAGAGGAACAGGGAUCGGCGGCGGCGGAGGAGGAGGAGGAGCAGCGCGGCUGUAA